UGCUCUUUGCUAUCUAUGGUCAAGAAAACGUCAGUUUCAGGCGGUUUGUGGAACUAGAUCUUGAAAAACUGAUUUAAAUUAUUUUAGAGUUAUUUCAUGAAUUAAACCUUAUCUUAUAAUUAUGUCUUGGUUAUUCGGGUACAGUACAAAACCUCCUCAGCCUCCUGCUGAUGAUGCCCCAGGAGAUAGCGGAGGCGCAGCCGCGCCUCCAGUUACACUCACUAAAUCUGAGAAAAAAGCGAUGGAGGCUUAUCGGUUUGACUCAAGUGCUCUAGAAAGAGCCGCUCAAGCUGCUAGAGAACUGGAGAAAUCAAGACAUGCCAAAGAUGCAUUGGAACUUAGCAAAUUGCAAGAAGCAACAAAACAGCAAGAGCAAAUGGCUAAAAUUAAAGAAUAUGAAGCUGCCAUUGAACAUGCUAAAAUGGAUCAGAAAAAGAUUGAUUAUGAGGAGAGGCGUAAAACUUUGCAGGAAGAAACAAAACAACAUCAAAUGAGAGCUCAAUAUCAAGAUCAGCUAGCUAAGAAGAGAUACGAAGAACAGUUGGUUCAACAACAAAAGUCUCAGGAAGAAAUUUUGAGAAAGCAAGAAGAAAGUGUCGCUAAACAAGAAGCUUUGCGGCGAGCCACAAUUGAACACGAAAUGGAACUGCGUGAGAAGAACAAAUUGAAAACCAUUGAAGCUGAGGCAAAGGCUCGCGCCAAAGCUGAAAGAGAAAACCGCGACAUCACGCUAGAACAAAUAAGAUUGAAAGCAGCUGAAAACAGAACUACAAUACUGGAAAGUAUAAAAACUGCUGGCAGUGUGGUUGGCACUGGUCUAAAUGCACUAGUUACUGACUGGGAUAAGACAUUAGCUGCUGCCGGAGGAUUAUCCCUUCUUGCUCUUGGAGUUUACACCGCUAAGGGCGCCACAUCGGUGACUGCAAGAUUUAUUGAAGCUAGAAUUGGAAAACCCACCCUUGUAAAUGAAACAUCAAGAUUCUCAAUAUUGGAGGCGCUCAAGCACCCAAUACUAACAGUGGCCAAAGCUAUUGCAAGUUUCAAAAAGCCAUCAGAUGCCCUGACGGGUGUGGUCCUUGCACCAACACUGGAGAACAAGUUGAGAGACAUAGCCAUUGCAACAAAGAACACUCGUUUGAACAAAGGAUUUUACAGAAACUUGCUUAUGUAUGGGCCUCCUGGAACUGGUAAAACUUUAUUCUCGAAGAAACUGGCCAAACAUUCUGGAAUGGAUUAUGCUAUUCUUACUGGAGGUGAUGUCGCUCCAAUGGGUAAAGAUGCUGUGGCUGCUAUUCACAAAGUAUUUGAUUGGGCAAACACCAGUCGGAAAGGAGUACUUCUGUUCAUUGAUGAAGCUGAUGCAUUUUUGAGAAAGCGUUCCUCGGAAAGAAUCAGUGAGGACUUGAGAGCAGCUCUAAACGCAUUUUUGUAUCGCACUUCGGAUCAAAGCAACCGUAUCAUGUUGGUGCUGGCUUCCAACACGCCUCAACAGUUCGAUUCCGCCAUAAACGAUCGUUUGGAUAAGAUGAUUGAAUUCGGUUUGCCUGGCCUCGAGGAGCGAGAGCGUCUCAUCCGUUUGUACUUCGACAAGUUUGUUCUGCAGCCUGCAUCCGAGGGAAAAAGGCGUCUGAGCGUUGAUCAGUUCGAUUACGGCGCGUUGUGUUCAGUGCUGGCUGCGCGGACCGCCGGCAUGUCUGGGCGAGCGCUGUCCAAGCUGGGCGUGGCGUGGCAAGCGGCCGCCUACGCCUCCGACGACGGACGCCUCACCGAACAGAUGUGCAUUGACAUCUGCGACGACGCUGUGAGGGAUCAUCGUCAAAAGAUGGAGUGGCUGUCGGCUGAAGAAAAGUCCCGCAGUAUGAUGCCGUACCUUUUAGAUUUGCCACCGUUAGACGACAAGCCCGAAGUUCAUCAGAAGGCGACAAUCACAGAACUGCCCUCAAAAGAAGACGCUGCCGUCAAAUCAAAAUCUGCAUCCAAAAAGAAGUCGUCCCAGAAAGAAAUGGAGACGGAAAAGUGACAUCUACACCCAAAUAAUGCACCAUCAUUUGCAGAAGCGAUAUAUUCAAACGAUAAUGGCAAUAAUAUGAACUGUGAUAGUAAUAACAAAAUUAUAUACGAUUUCACUAUUACAAAACUACCAAAGUUUAUUGCGUUAACUGAUCGUGACAUGGAAAUACUGCGAUAUUUAUCACAAAAGAAAUAAGAGUUAACUUACGUUCCCUUUUGCUAAAUUUGUAAAAAUGAUAAGCAGUCAAAUAAAAUUAAUAUUAUUGUACAGUGUGUAAUAUUAGAAAGUCUCGGACUGUCAAUAUAAUACAUUUAUUAAGGUUAGGUGAAUCAUCUAUCUAAAAGACUUUUUGUAUUGUCGUAUUAUUAACACGUUCUGAAACGAAUAAUCGACAGAAACGAUAAAAAGCACAAAGACUGCUCGCCGUCUAUAUAUGCUGCUUCACAAAAGCUCAAAAGGCUAUCUGCAUUCCUACUCAUUCAACUAACUUAGGUACAAACUCCUCUUGUAAUAAAGCAUUUAAACAAUGACGUUUUGAAAGCUUUUAACUUCAUGUUUUUACAUAAAGUUUAUACAAAUUUCUUUCUAGAAAGAAAGUCUUUAUACUUACACUAUAUGGUACAUUUUAUCGAAUAUUAAAGUAAUAUAAAUGGAUGUUGUUGUGAAUUAUUUUCGAUAAAACUGGGUAAUGUUAACCAAUUUAGGUAGUCAUAUUUCAGAAAUUAUGUAGUUCCAAACUUUAACUAAAGAUUGUGUUCGGUGGAUUUCUAAUAGUAACAAUCUCCACAGUAACUUAAUUUUAACAUUCUGAAUUAUAAACUAAUGAGCAAGGAAAACAAACAUGCUCACAGUUCUUAUUGUUCAUUAGGAUGUAGUUAUGAGCACAAAUAAUCAUAUAUUUAAGAAUGAAACUAAAAAUGUGCAUUUUCAGUGUAUAGUGUAAUCUAAAGAUGUUGGGACUGGGAGGAAUUGGUUUCAUCUUUGUUUAUGGAUUUGCUUUUAGGGAAAAGUUAAAUACCUAUAUUGAUUGCGAUCGGUGGUCUGGAUAAAGAAAAAAGUAAAUGUUGUCAAAAUCUUUAUUUAACAUCAAAAGACAAGACAAAUGACUACGGUACCAUCGAACGACUUAUUUAGUUAAGUUUGUAGGUCCAACAUGAAAAAUAAUAAAUAAAUUAUUCCGAUUGGAAUAUAAAAUAUAUUUCUUGUUAGUGACCUACAAAAUCGUCAUGAAUGCUUAUUGAUUGAAAGUAAUGAAAGGACAUUAAGUUAGCAUAUGAAUUUUCCUGUUAGUUUUAAUCAUCAAAAAUAAUGUUAAUUGUUACGGAUUUGUUAUUUACUUGUAGUUAAAUUAGAUACAUCUGUCAUGGUA